AUGGUCAGAGAUGGCCAUCUGGAAGCAGAUGAGCAAAUUGACACAACCAGACCUUUCCACGACAGUUCAGUAUGUGGAGACGAGUCCCAUCUGAUUGACGAUUGUGGUUCGAGCAUCCAUUCUGGAAAUAGGUCCCGUGCCCAACAAUGGGGAAUCAAUCAAAAUGGCUCUAUUGCAAAUGCAUCAGACAAUAUUUCCCGCCAUGUCAAGGAGUUUUUCCAUUCCAGUCGACCCCGAAGUUCGACGACAACUUCCAUGCCCAGAGCAGUUCAGUGUGAUGCUUGCGACAAACCCCGUGCAGCCUUUAAGAGAAAGUGUAAAGAUCUGAUCACUUCGAAGAACCUCAUCUCGAUACCUUUCGCUCUUGUAGCAAUUUUUGUUUCCUUAACCGACAUUUCCCCGCUGGUGAUCUUUAUCUGGAAUCUCAUCGCCAUCGUACCCCUCUCGAUCACCUUGACCCUUGCGACCGAACAAUUAUCCCAGGAAUUAGGAGAAACUGCCGGCGCGCUCUUAAACAUAACAGUCGGUAAUCUUGCCGAGUUGAUUAUCUUCACGGCUCUUAUGAAAGACAACAUCAGAGUUGUACAGGCAUCUCUUCUUGGGUCUAUCCUUGUAAACCUGCUUCUGGUUUUGGGCUCUGCCAUCAUCGCUGGUGGAUUGAAAUCAGCCGAUCUCACAUAUAACAGCGACCUAACUCAUGCAUUUAUCGGAUUGCUGAAUCUGACAGUAUCAUGUCUUAUGAUCCCCACGGCAUUUUACGGCAGCGUGCAAAGUGUCAAAUCCGCAGAUAAUAUGUCCCUCAACUUCAGCAGAGGAGUUUCCGUCAUUCUCCUCUGCAUUUACUUCCUAUACCUGUUCUUCCAGUUCCGAUCACACGCCCACCUUUUCCGCUCUUCAAACGUCCCCCUACAAGUCAACAAACUGGCAUCCCACCGACCGAGCCGAAGAUCCUCAUACGACCAGAUGUUCAUAGAUAUCGAAUCCCAAUCUGAUACGGAAUCCGAGUCGGGGUCUUUGAUCGGCAAGCCUACCGAGCGACCGGAGAUGCAACAAAUUCAAUCCCCGGGUCCUUCAUCUCCAAUGAACGACAUGCGACCUGAUUCAGCGGUCCCACUGGGAGAUAUUGAUACCACUCCCCGAACGCAUACACGCCAUCGCUCUUGGCACUCAGCCCGCGCUGAAACGACAGACGAAGCUGACACACACCAUUGUAAAUACAUGUCGCUCGCAAACCGUAUCACUGCCAUCGUUCUGCUGGUUGCUUCAACCGCCCUCAUCGCAAUUUGCGCCGAAUUCUUCGCCUCCAGUUUCGAAAUAUUGAACGAGAAGGGCAUCCUCGGAGAAUCAUUCGUUGGACUGAUCGUUAUCCCGGUCGCUGGAAACGUCGCCGAGAAUGUCACUGCCGUUAUUGUGGCGAGCAAGAAUCAGCUCGAUCUUGCGAUCAGUGUUGCUCUUGGCUCUGCUAUUCAGAUCGGUCUUUUGGUAGCUCCUGUGAUUGUCCUUGCUGCAUGGGCUUUGGAUAAACCGAUGACAUUGCAUUUUGAUCGCUUCGGCAUGGUCACACUGGUUGGUUCUGCGCUCCUCGUCAGUUUUCUUGUCCUCAAGGGGAAAACAAACUACUUGGAGGGAGCUAUCCUGUGUGCCUGCUUUGCUGCUAUAUCGUAUGUUCUCACAACCCCCAUUGGCAUUCACCUUCUAUUACUAACUGUCUGA